CGAGACGACUGUAAGAUCUCCCAGGAAAACACCACUCAGACCGUCUGUAUGGACACGGAGGAGAAACAAUCAGACGGAAACGCUGAUAGCGUAAAAAAUUUCAAAGAUAUAUGCACAAUGCUGCAACAUCUAUGAGACCGAGGAACCUGCACUCUAAUUUUGAGAUAUUCAGCAAACAACAUCACGACACCGCAAAGCACCAUCAACCGAUAUAGCUACUUCUACGAGCAGCUACAGUCCUGCCACGAAUUGUGCAAGCUGUAUAAUAUUAUUACAGGAUAUUUAUUUUGUCCCUUUCUACCUUGUGACGGGGAUUCAGAUCGGACUGAAGCUGCAGAUUUCGUCGGACGCUUCUGUAUUAUCCCGGCUCGGGUUAUUCCCCUUCUGAAGACCAGGGAUUACUUCUUGCGAAGAGAAUGGAUAUGUAAUAAUAAAUAAAAAAACCCAGCAUCGAGAAAAUGACCAGGCUCUGAACUGCGGUGCUGCAAAAGCCUGUUAGCUACAACUUUUUUGGGGGGUUGGCAGUUUCGCUUGGCAAUGGACGAGUUCCACCCCUUCAUCGAGGCCCUGCUGCCGCACGUGCGCGCCUUCGCCUACACCUGGUUCAACCUGCAGGCGCGCAAGCGCAAGUACUUCAAGAAGCACGAGAAGAGGAUGACGAAAGACGAAGAGCAGGCGGUGAAGGACGAGCUGCUGGGCGAGAAGGCCGAGGUGAAGCAGAAGUGGGCGUCGCGCCUCCUGGCCAAGCUCCGCAAGGACAUCCGUCCCGAGUGCCGGGAGGACUUUGUGCUCUCCAUCACGGGGAAGAAGGCGCCGUCCUGCGUGCUCUCCAACCCCGACCAGAAGGGCAAGAUCCGCCGCAUCGACUGCCUGCGCCAGGCCGACAAGGUGUGGCGGCUGGACCUGGUGAUGGUCAUCCUGUUCAAGGGCAUCCCGCUGGAGAGCACGGACGGCGAGCGGCUCAUCAAGGGCGGCCACUGCACCAACCCCGUCCUCUGCGUGCAGCCCCACCACAUCAGCGUGUCCGUCAAGGAGCUGGACCUCUACCUGGCCUACUUCGUGCAGGAGAGAGAAGCGGAGCAGAGUAGCAGCCCUCGCACAGGAAUCGGAUCUGACCAGGAAGACAGCCGAGCCGCCACCAUGGAUGCACCAGAGUUUCAGGAAAGCUUUGUGACGUCGGGAGUUUUUAAUGUUACAGAACUUGUGCAAGUUUCCAGAACUCCAGUGGUGACAGGAACAGGCCCCAACUUCUCCUUGGGGGAGCUGCAGGGUCACCUGGCCUACGACCUCAACCCUACAGGAGUGGGUAUGAGGAGGACCCUGCCCAGCACCUCCUCCAGCGGGAGUAAGAGGCACAAGUCAGGCUCCAUGGAGGACGACAUUGACACCAGCCCUGGGGGCGAGUAUUACACGUCCCCCAACUCCCCCGCCAGCAGCUCCCGCAACUGGCAGGAGGAGAUGGAAGGAGGGAUCUCCCCCACCGUUAAGAAGACGGAGAUGGACAGCCCGUCUCCUCAGGACAACUCUCCACGCCUCAGCAGCUUCACACAGCACCACCGGCCGGUCAUCGCCGUACACAGCGGCAUCUCCAGGAGUCCCCACCCCUCCUCCUCUCUGCACUUCCCCACCACCUCCAUCCUGCCCCAGUCGGCCUCCACCUACUUCCCCCACACAGCCAUCCGCUACCCGCCCCACCUCAGCUCCCAGGACCCCCUCAAGGACCUGGUGUCCCUGGCCUGUGACCCGUCCAGCCAGCAGCCUGGUCCGCUGAACGGCAGUGGGCAGGUGAAGGUCCCCACCCACUACAUCUCCUCCCAGAUGCUGGCGCCCCCGCCGCCCCCCGGCAUGCCCCGCCUGACGCUGCCCCCCGACUCCAAAUCCAGCACCACCACCACCGAGGGAGGAGCCAACUCGCCUACGUCUCCGACAUACUCAGCCCCUGGGACACCCCCUGCCAACCGUCCCUUCGUAGGUAUCGGACCUCGGGACCCUGGAGGACUCUACCAGGCACAGUCCUGGUAUCUGGGGAACUGAAGACAAGGAUGAGCCAGAGGGGAAUGGACAUAUAGAUUUCAGAUUCAAAAUUUUUUUGUGGAAUUAAGAAAAGAAAAAAAAAUCACAAAUGAGAUGCAAGAGGGAAAACACAUAUACGUGUGUAUCUAUACAUAUGUGUGUAUGUACGUAUGCAUAUGUAUAUAUAUACAUAUACAGAGAUGUAAAAGAUACUUCAACUGGCCUUUUGGAAUGAGAGAGAGAGAGAAAGAGAGAAGACAGAGAGGAGAGAGAAGAGGAUGCCUGGGGGUGACUGGGAUGGACAGUGGGGCAGAAUUUUAACCCCCCCCCCCCCUCCUCUGCGAUGCCCCUGCCUGAUCAUCCUCUGUCCGCUAAAGGUGCUGCUUCCUCAUAUAUGCAAAACAAGUAUCCUUUAUUUUCUUAAACGACAAGAUAGCGAAAAAGCGAGAGAAACGUUUCCAAGCGAUUAUAUUUUUCCAGACGUUUUUGGACGACACCGAUGGUUCCUGUAUGAAGCUGGGGAAGGGGGGGUUUUUAGAUUGAACGGAAAGUUGACAACUGGUCAAGACCCUCUUUAUCCAACUUUGUGACUAUAACUAAAAAAAAUAAGAGGUCUGUGUUUUAUUGAGUUCCUUAGACAAUCAUUUUAUGCCUGUUCCUUUUUUUUCUUUCUUUUUUUAAGGGGGGGUGUUUGACAAAAUGUA